AUGGCGCACCUGGACGCGCCGGUGCGCGCGCCGGGAGAUCUGACGAUCGAGGCGACGAAGAGCGUGAUCGGACGACAGCGGUCGGAGGCGGUGAACCUGCCGAUCGAGGUGCCGACGGUGAGCGGGGCGCACGCGAUGAUCGAUUUGGUGGACGGGAAGGUGAUGGUGACGGAUUUGACGUCGACGAACGGGACGUUUAUCGAUGGGGAGGAGCUGUUGCCGGGCGUGCCGACGCAGUUGGUGGUGGGGGGGGAGGUGAUUUUUGGGGAUGAGUUUCUCGCGCGGUUCGAGCUGGUGGAGACGGCGGACGAGGGGAGCGGCGACGACGCCGCGGAUUGA